CUUCUCAAGAAAAAGAAAUAUGCGGCUGUCAAAGUGCAGUUUAAGGAUGGGAAACAGUAUGAGGUGAUUGAAUGUAAAGGUCUUGAAAUGGUUCGUCGGGACUGGAGUUUGCUAUCUAAAGAAGUUGGUGAUUUCUGUCUUAGCCAAAUAUUGUCUGGAGGAUCAGGUGAAGAUGUUAUGUCAAUUCAUAACUCCCUCAUGAAGAAGGAAAUGAGGAAGGGGGAAGUCGCUCUUGAGAAAUAUGUCAUCAUGAAGACGUUGACAAAACCACUUGAAGCUUACCCUGAUGCCAAAAAUCGGCCGCAUGUACAAGUUGCUUUAAGGUUAAGGGAAGCUGGCUAUUCGUCUGGGUUCUCUGCUAGCGAUACAAUUCCUUAUAUUAUUUGCUGCAAGCAGGACAUAAAAGGGGACCACCAGUUCCGGUUCUUCCGCUGGAAUUGCUGACCGAGCUAGGCAUCCCGAUGAGAUGAAAAGGAGUAACCGCACGUGGAUGAUAGAUAUCGACUAUUACUUGGCUCAGCAGAUACAUCCUCUAGUGUCCCGUUUAUGUGCUCCUAUUCAAGGCACAAAUCCAGCACAUUUGGUUAAUUGCCUGGGUCUUGACCUAUCCAAGUUUCAACCCAAAACUAGUGAAGUAACAAUUAGCGGUUCAUCUCCCUCACUCUUAUCUGCAAUGGAUACUGAUGAUAGAUUGUGUUGCUCUAAAUGCCAAGAGGAGGGUAAAGUUAGAGGUAGAAUGACUUGUGCCAUGAUAGCUAACCAGGUUAAAACCCAGGCAAAGAAAUUCAUUUCCACGUAUUACAAGGGUGUGAUGACGUGUGAUGACGAAACAUGCAAUUAUACCACUCGAAGCCUUAAUCUGCGAGUGAUUGGUGACUCUACGGGAGGAAUAAUUUGUCCAAACUACCCUCAGUCUGAUGGGCACAUCGUGAGAAAGUACACUGAAGCAGAUCUGCACAGGCAGUUUGCAUAUUUCUGCCACAUAUUGGAUGCUGUACGGUUCGUCGAAAAGUUGGAGCUGGAGGUCCGAAUACCUUUGCAGAAAGAACUUGCGAGAAUUCAACCAAUGGUUGAUUUGGCCGCGUCAAGUGUACAGAAACUCCGCAACCGGUGCGCAUAUGGGUGGGUUCAGAUAGAGUCUCUUUGCAUAUAGUAACAGCAUUAAGUUCAAUUAUACACACUAGGAUCUAACCAGUGCCUAACGGCAUUAUGUAAUUGAAUAUCGGCUUUCAGCCUUCGCUAUAUAUUUUGAUGGAAAACCUUGACCAUUUUCAUUUAAGAAAUGUGGAAGUGUGUAAUUUAUACAUAAUUCCACAAGAAGGACCUGUUGAAAACAAGGGGUUGAGUUAGGUGUUUGUUAUGAAAAGUAGGUAGUACCAUUGGGGGAUGUAUACCUAAAGGAGAAACUGUGUUACC